GUGCAUAGAGUGUCAGCAACCAGAGACAGUACAGCAUGUGAUUUUGGAUUGUACUAAAUUUACUACGGAGAGGCAAGUACUUUUUACAGAGCUGAGGAAAUUGGGUAUGUUAGUAGUGUCUUUGGGUAAAAUUCUAGAACUGGGAUAUGCUGGGAAGGGGAAGUACUGGUUAUUUAAGUAUUUCAGAGAUACUGGCCUCAUUAAGAGGAUAUGAGGUAAAGGCGGAAUGAUCCUGAAGGGGGCAGCAAUGCAACAAGUUGGAUGCCGGCUGCCGUAAAACCCCACAGAAGAAGAAGAAGAAGUAUUUGUUGGACUUUUGUGCUCUAGGCACAUGCUCUAGGCACAUGAGCUCAGACAUUUUGGCUUACUAACAUGGCUGAAGCAAGUGUUUCAGUAGGACAAGAAGAGUUCUGCUGUUCAAUCUGCUUGGAUUUACUGACAGAUCCAGUCACUCUAUCCUGCGGACACAGUUUCUGUAUGACCUGCAUCAAUGUUUACUGGGAUCAGCAAACGGGAGCCUACAGCUGCCCCCAGUGCAGAGAGAUCUUCUUUCAUCGACCUGAUCUACGGAAGAACCACAUGCUUGCUGAAGUUGUGGAGAAGCUGAGAAAAGCUGGCCCACAGCCCACCGCUCAGUGCUACGCAGCACCUGGAGAUGUGGCUUGUGACAUCUGCACUGUAGGAAAACGUAAAGCUGUCAAGUCCUGCCUGGUGUGUCUGGCUUCCUACUGUGAGGCUCAUUUUAAACCUCAUGAUGAAUCUGCUCCUCUAAAGAAGCAUACAGUGAUUGAACCCUCUGCACACCUGCAUGAGAAGGUCUGCCCUCAACAUGGAAAGCUUCUGGACAUUUUCUGUUGUACAGAUCAGACCUGUGUUUGCUAUCUCUGCACCUUGGACGAACACUGUGGUCAUAAAGUUGUUUCAAUUGUAGCUGAGAGAGAAGAGAAACAGAAACAUGUGGUGGAGAUCCAGAACAGUUACAGACAGAGAAUUCACAAGAGAGAAGAAGAACAUGUACAACUGACAAAAUCUGUAUCUUCUGUGAAGCAUUCUGCUCAGGCAGCAGUGGAAGAUACUGAGAGGAUGUUUCGAAAGCUGAUUCACUCCAUCAAGAAAAAGUGUUUUGAGGCAACUGCAGCAAUCAGAGCUCAGGAGAAAGCUGAAAUAACUCGAGCUGAAAAACAUCUGAAGAAAACAGAGCAGGAGAUUGCUGACCUCAAAAGGAGGGAUCACGAGCUUCAGCAGCUAUCAGCCAUAGAGGAUGACUUCCGUUAUCUACAGAUUUACCAGUCCUUCCAUUUUCUUGGUCUGUCUGAGGGCUUUCCAAGGAUAAAAAUUAAUAAGCUACACGCAUGUGAACAUAUGAAGAGAGAUAUCAGUAAACUUAAAGCGCAAGUUGACAAUAUCAAGCAACAUCCUUACUCAUCCUCUCAAUCUCAGUGGACUCCAUCUGUCAAAGAGCUUGGGCAAAGCAGUUUAUCUGAGCCCAAAUACAUCUUUGCAUUUGGUACUGGGUCAUCUCCAUUCGGUUUUGGAUCUGUGUCUAAGACUGCUCCUGUAUCCCAGUCUGUAUUUAAUUUUAAUCAUAUGUCCAAACCUGUUCCUGCAACCAACUCAACACUUUCAUUUAAAACUGUGUCUAAGCCUGUUGCUGCAUCCCAGUCCCUGUUCAGCUUUGAACCUGUGUCUAAAGCUGAACCUGCAACCAUUUCCACUCCAUUUAUAUUAAAUUCUCUGUCUAAGCCCAAUCCUGCACCACAGUCCCUGUUCAGAUUUGAACCUAAAACCAGUUCCACCCUUACAUUUAAGACUGUGUCUAAGCCUGAUCCGGCACCUUAGUCCCUGUUCAGCUUUGAACCUGUUUCUAAGCUUGAAUCUAUAAUUAAUCCCAUACUUACAUAUAUACUUACUAAUUUAAACUUCUGCAUCAUGUAAAUGUGUUGCCAUAUUCGCUGUGGGCACGUUUAUCCUUCUGCAUUUGUGUCCACAAUUCUGCAGUCUAAACUGGGAAGGCAAGAAGGAAGGUAAAUUUGCCCUAAAACUGAUCCUACACCCCAGGCCCUGUUCAUCUUUGAACCUGUGUUUAAACUGCUCCUGCUCUCCAGUCCCUGUUCAUCUUUGAACCACUGUCUAAGCCUGAUCCUGCACCUAGGGGGCCUCAGACUGUUAGAAGAAAAAAUUAAAAGGGCACCAAAACACAGGGGUACACCAAUGUGCAAAAACCUAUGAGGCACCACAUAUGUUAAAAUGGUCUUUAUCCCUGAUUAACAGUACAUAAUUGGAACUGUAAUCCUUGGAAAUAUUUAUUUCACAAACACUAAUGAAACUAUUGAGAUUUAUUUCACAAUGCACCAAGAGUACUUGCUCAGGGAGGCUUUCAUAAGUGGUUUAGUACUAUUUGUGUAACUGGAUCAUGCAGGGCUUUCCAAAUGGCCUGACUUAAUCUCCCAUCUAGGCCCUGUAUACAGUGUAUAAUCCAGAUGGGGCCAUGUUUAAUUGCUACUGUAAUGGGGCCCAUCUAUGAUAUCAAUAUGUGGGGCCAACAUGGAACCCAUGGACAAAACAUUCUAAUACCUAGUUGGGGUACGCAUCCAGACCUCACUUGGGCAGGUUAUGUAGGUACAGGGCACUUAAAGUUUCUCCAUUUGUAAUGGCAACUAUUUUGCACUUCAUGACUUUCUCCACUGGAGCAGCAUACUUAAGGAAACUCCCUCUCAUUAACAUACAUACACCCUUCAUAGCACUGCAUUACCAUUUAUCCUCUGCCACCUUUCUAUUAAAGAAGCACCAAACCCUUAGUCAUGUACAGCUGUAGGAGGAACCUAUACAGCACCACGUCUCAUUUUCUCCACUAAAAAGGGUGGGAGCCUGUAAAGCAGAAGCCAAAUAGAGGACAGAUUAUAAAGUAACUUAGAGUUCAUUAAGAAACUUAACUUAGAAUAGGAUUUUUCUUGCACUAGAGGCCACACUAUUAUCAUUUAUUACAAGAAAAGGCACCCUGAUCUACCCUUAAUAUUACUCUCUCUCUAAAUCUACUUCAUUUCAGCAUCAGUAACAGUAGUAAUUUCUAGUGUACAGAAACAUUUUUUUUCUUUUUUAUCCAUAAGCAUAAAAACAUCUCUUUCCAGAGCACUGGUAAAGCAUAAAUAGACAAGAAUAAACAACUGAUUUUAUUCAUUUUUGUGUUACUGAUGUCUUAAUAAGAAUAUGUAAUCGACUUUAUGAAAUUAAUGUAAUGGGCUUCCACUUUAUAGUUUUGUACAAUUUUAAUGAAUAGUUUAA